CGAGAGUACAUGGGGGGUAUCACAUGGUAUCGUAAGGUUAUCCCUAGUUACGCUGAAGCUCCUUCCUAUAAUUAUUAAAAAUGGGUAAUACCGCAGCGAAAAUAGAAACAAAGUCGGAAGAUAAGAAAAAACUGAAACCUUGCUGCGCCUGUCCUGAAACCAAAAAAGCGAGAGACGCAUGUAUUAUAGAGAAAGGGGAGGAAAAUUGCGGCGAUCUCAUAGAAGCACAUAAAACUUGUAUGCGAUCAAUGGGAUUUAACAUUUAAGACAUAGAAGAAUAAUAACUCCAAGAUGUCUUUGUUCCAAGGAGCCCCAAGAACAUACCUAAGAACAAAGAAUCUAGAGAAAUCUCAGGUUAUAAGCAUAUUUACAUACUUAGGUACAUAUGUCUCUUUGUAAAUAAUUUUCAGUUGAAACUUGAUAAAGAAUAAAGUAUUAUAUAUUAUGAUGCUACAAAACAAUUUAAUUUAAAUAAAUUGGUUUUGUUUUGAAUGAACUUCUAAGAACAUGAUGUAGAUGUUACAACGUAACUAUAUGUAAGAAAUAAAAAUCAUACUCAUCUUUUCAA